AUGGCUUUCCUCUUCAAUCGCAGCGCUCGGCCGCGCUCGCCGUCCGAUUUGGCCAAGGCCACGAGAGACCUCCUGUCAAAGUUAUGGGAGUUGCCCGAUUCACCCAAGCUAGAAGACGACAUUUCCAAGCAACUUGCUCAAAUGAAACUGAUUACACAAGGGACACCCGAAAUGGACAGUGCCCCCGCUCUUGUACGGUCUCUCUUUGAUUCGGUAAUACGGGAAGAUCUUCUGUUCGAAUUGGCCCAUAGCAUACGAAACCUACCGUUUGAAGCGCGCAAGGAUACACAAACUAUCGUCACACAUAUUCUACGUUACAAGCCGACCAAUGGGCCUGGAGACCCACCAGCAAUCGAUUAUAUUGUGCAUCAACGCCCGGAGGUUAUCAUCGAGCUCUGCCGGGGCUUUGAGGACCCGCAAAGUGCAUUGUCAUGCGCUUCAAUUCUAAAAGAGGCCGUGAAAUUCGACGUAAUUGCAGCUCUUAUUCUAUAUGAUCAGUCCAAUGAACAUGAACGCGCGGUUCGGCUUAACGACAUCAACGCCGAGCAACCUCAGACGGGGGAUGGCAUUUUCUGGAAGUUUUUUGAAUGGAUUGACAAGGGUAGCUUUGAAGUGAGCGCCGAUGCAUUUACUAUAUUCAGAGACCUUUUAACGCGCCACAAAACAUUGGUUGCCUCCUAUUUAUCCGCCAAUUAUAGCCUCUUCUUUGGCAAAUACCACAAAGUGCUCAUUCAAUCAGAUUCCUAUGUGACAAAGCGACAAAGCAUAAAAUUACUGGGGGAGAUCCUUCUUGAUCGCACCAAUUAUAAUGUCAUGACAGCGUAUGUUGAUAGCGGUGAUCACCUCAAGGCUUGCAUGAACCUCCUUCGGGAUGACCGAAAGAUGGUGCAAUAUGAGGGGUUUCACGUCUUCAAGGUCUUUGUUGCCAAUCCGAACAAAUCAGUGGCAGUGCAAAGAAUACUUAUAAAUAACCGGGACCGGCUUCUUAAGUUUUUGCCAAAAUUCCUGGAGGAUCGCACGGAUGACGACCAGUUUACGGAUGAGAAGGCCUUUCUUGUCCGCCAAAUCGAGCUUCUCCCCAGUGAACCAAUUGAGCCUAGCUAUGCGCCUACAUCGCGACCCAGUGUGAACGCAGCAGUAGCUUGA